AUGCUGACUCUGCAGAGCCCCGGUGCUGUGAGCGGCUCGGCUGCGGACGCGCAGAGCGGGUCACGUGACGCGCUGGACGUGCGCUACUCGCUGGCGGCGCUCGCUGACGACUACACCAAGCGCAAGCACGUCGUCAGGGUCACCACCGCCGCCGGUGCCGAGCUGCUGCUACAGGCGGACGGCGCGACAGACGCUCAGCGCUGGUUAGCGGCGCUGCGAAGACAUUCAGCGGAGCCUCCGCCCGCGGACCCCGCGCCGCAACCCGCGCCGCCCACGCAACCGGCGCCUGCGCAGCCCGACUGCACUGCUUCGCCGCUGCCGCCGCAGCGCAGCAAGAAGAUCGGGAGAAAUAGAUCGCCUACAGGUCCACCAACGCCAACGCUUCCUUCGUCGCCCAAGAACAAGACGUGGAAAGGGCGCAUGGCGAAACAGCUGCGGCGCAUGCAUGGAGGCACCAGCACGGCCCCGGCACCUUCCGGCUGGCUGGGGGCGCCUCUGGAGCGCUGUCCCUCUGAUCCGGAGCACCCGCUCGUGCCUAAGGCGGUCACGCUGCCGGCACAGGCUGUCGAGGCGUACGGUCUCCGCACAGUAGGCGUGUACCGCGUGCCAGGCAACGCAGCGGGCGUGGCGGCGCUAGCGGCGGCCUUAGACCGCGGCGAGCCCCCGCCGGCGGGAGACGCACGCUGGGCCGACGUGCACGUGGCCUCGUCACUACUGAAGGCCUACCUGCGUCGGCUACCCGACCCCCUGCUCACUGCUGAGCUCUACCCAGCUUUUAUUGUCAUAUGUGACGCGGCGGUAGCGCUAGAUCGUAGCGUCGACGCUCCCUGGGCCGACGUGCACGUGGCCUCGUCGUUACUGAAGGCCUACCUGCGUCGGUUAUCCGACCCUCUGCUCACUGCUGAGCUCUACCCAGCUUUUAUUGGCGAGUGUCUAUGA